AUGAAGGGAACAAGAUGCCUUGGACAGCAGCAAUGGGAGAUCGAGGGGAGAUGGGUUGAACUCACAAUUGCCUCUAGGCCAAGGCCACCAUUCCUCCACAUUGUCGCCCCUGUCUUUGGACUCUGCCCUUCGGGGCGGGGAACGAAGAAGGCCGGAGCGGCAAGUGGAUGGCUGGUGGCCUUGGCCUCUCUGGCCCAAGCCAUCAUUUCUCUCUUCGCCUGGUGUCUUUGGACUCCUCCCUUCGGGGGAACGAAGGAGACACCAGGCGGGGGAGGAUGA